AUGAACGUAUCAUUAUCACCUGUUGAAGGUCUUUUACAUCGUAAUACGAUGAAACCAACAACUAAACCAUUUGAUGUUCCAUCAGUACUUACUGAAACGGUUCCAGUUGAACAGCCUAAAGCGGAUAUAAGUAUUGGUAUUGGUCUUCCACGAGCAGGAACUGAAACGAAAACAAACCGAGAAGAUACGUAUGAAAAAUUGUUGGCUAUACCAGAAUUUGCUCAUUUGGGUCCCAUAUUCAAAUCAUCAUUAGCUGCUUAUUUCACUGACCAUGAAGUUGAAUAUGUUUUUGAUAUAAAUAAUGCAUUAAAUAAUCAAUUAUUAGAGAAAGUUACUGUUCAAAUGGAUGGUUCUGGUGAAAGUUUUGAAGUUGUUAAUUAUAUUCCAUGUCCAAUUAUUAAAUGUAAUGAUACGGGUACAACGUAUGCAUUAGUUAAAUUACCUGAUGAUAACAUCAGCUAUAUUGAAAUUACCGUUAGUGAUCAUGCACAAAAAGUACUUAAACCAAAUUGGUCUGCUUCGUGUGAUGAAAUUGAAGUUGAAAAUGAACUUGAAGAUAUAUAUACAUUACCAAUUCCAACAGUUGAAACGGAUGUUUAUCGUGGUGAACAUGAUGUACUUGUUCGAGCGAAAAUGGCAUUAGGUAGAACAUCAGCAGAUCCGGGAGCAUAA